AGCCACUUUAACCUCGCUUCGUGCCUAUCCUCCACCCUCAUACUCCUACAAUACAAACCUACCCUUUCCUCUUCUCCUUCUUUACCAUUUUCAUAUAAUAAUACUAUAACACUAUUUUCCAUCCUUUUAUCAUUUCGAUCCCAAUUCUUCACGCCAUUUUCAGUUCCCAGGGUUAGGUUUAGGACCCUUCUCUCUCUGCUCUGCAAUUCUCUACUCACUCUUAUUAGCCACAUAAUACACCCAUUCUUAUCAAUCAAUACACCAUACUCGUUACUCAUCCUCUUCUUUGCUACUCUAACCGUACAUUUAGGGUUUCUCUAUAAUAACAAGAAUAAUAAUCUUUUCAUACUUCCGUAAAAAAAUUGACCUAAAUUUCCCUUACAAUUGUUAUUGUUAUUUGGCUUUAUCUUUCCAUUAAGUAGGCUUCAGCUAUCACGAUAAUAGUAUUGGAGAAUGGACAAGAAAAAGGUAGCAGUUCCCCUCGUGUGCCACGGCCACUCGCGCCCGGUGGUCGAUCUCUUCUACAGUCCUGUUACGCCUGAUGGGUUUUUCCUCAUCAGUGCAAGCAAGGAUUCCAGUCCCAUGCUCAGAAAUGGAGAGACUGGGGACUGGAUUGGAACAUUUGAAGGGCACAAAGGUGCUGUGUGGAGUUGCUGCUUGGAUACUAAUGCCUUACGUGCUGCAACUGCUUCUGCUGAUUUCUCAACGAAAGUUUGGGAUGCUUUGACAGGAGAUGAAUUGCACUCAUUUGAGCACAAGCACAUUGUUCGAGCAUGUGCCUUUUCAGAGGAUACUCACCUUUUGCUCACUGGGGGAGUGGAAAAAAUUCUCCGCAUCUAUGAUAUGAAUCGGCCUGAUGCACCACCCAGAGAAGUGGAUAAGUCCCCUGGUUCUGUCAGAACUGUUGCCUGGCUUCAUAGUGACCAGACAAUAUUGAGUUCUUGUACCGAUAUGGGAGGAGUCAGGUUAUGGGAUGUAAGAAGUGGUAAAAUAGUCCAGACACUUGAAACCAAGUCAUCUGUGACAAGUGCUGAAGUGAGUCAGGACGGCCGUUAUAUUACAACUGCUGAUGGUUCUACUGUAAAAUUUUGGGAUGCUAAUUACUAUGGACUGGUGAAGAGCUAUGAUAUGCCCUGCACUGUGGAAUCCGUUUCACUGGAGCCUAAAUUUGGGAACAAGUUCGUUGCAGGAGGAGAAGAUAUGUGGGUUCAUGUUUUUGAUUUCCAUACAGGCAAUGAGAUUGCAUGCAACAAGGGGCACCAUGGUCCUGUCCAUUGUGUUCGUUUUUCUCCUGGUGGAGAAUCCUAUGCCUCUGGAUCUGAGGAUGGAACCAUCAGAAUAUGGCAGACUGGCCCAUUGACUCUCGAUGACUCGGAGGCUUUGUCUGCAAAUGGAUCAAUUGAUAAGGUGAAGGUAACUGCAGAUGAGGUGUCACGCAAGAUUGAGGGUUUUCAUAUUGCUGAUGAGGGGAAAUCAAAAGCUAAGGAUGAGGCUGUGGAGGAAUCAAGCUAGUAGUCGUGCAUUUUGUCUGGCAGAGUGUUAGAAUUAACUAGAUCAAAUGCCUACUUAUGUACGUGAUUAGUAAAACUAAAUUUUGUAAAUUUUAGUUUGUUUGAGAUUUUACUGAACGAGCUUGUUGCAGCUGGCUGAAAUAAGUUCUAUGUUUGCUUUCAUUUCAAUUCUGACAUGGGAGUUUAUGGAAUAUAGGAAUGACUUGGUAUACUUGUUCAAGGUGCUUCAUUUAAGCGGCUUCAAUCUAUACAUUCUGGCCAGUCCAACUUUUUCCGGGACUUGGUAUACUUUGUA